AAGAGAUAACGUAGUAGUUGUUGAUCACUCGGUUUAUAAAUCUCUCAGUUUCUUUGCACACACACCAACAUCUAUCCAUCUUUUCCGAUCAAAAUCUCUCUCUCUCCUCAGCUUUUUGUGUGACGCAACACUCGUGGGGAAAUGGCCGCCGCAGUUUCCACCGUCGGUGCCAUCAACAGAGCUCCGUUGAGCUUGAACGGGUCAGGAGCAGGAGCUGCUUCAGUCCCAGCUACGACCUUCUUGGGAAAGAAAGUUGUAACCGCGUCGAGAUUCACACAGAGCAACAACAAGAAGAGCAACGGAUCAUUCAAAGUGGUUGCUGUCAAAGAAGACAAACAAACCGAUGGAGACAGGUGGAAGGGACUUGCCUACGACACGUCUGAUGACCAACAAGACAUCACCAGAGGCAAAGGUAUGGUUGACUCUGUCUUCCAAGCUCCCAUGGGAACCGGAACUCACAAUGCCGUCCUUAGCUCCUAUGAGUACAUUAGCCAAGGUCUUAAGCAGUACAACUUGGACAACAUGAUGGAUGGGCUUUACAUUGCUCCUGCUUUCAUGGACAAGCUUGUUGUUCACAUCACCAAGAACUUCUUGACCUUGCCUAACAUCAAGGUUCCACUUAUUUUGGGUAUUUGGGGAGGCAAAGGUCAAGGUAAAUCCUUCCAGUGUGAGCUUGUCAUGGCCAAGAUGGGCAUCAACCCAAUCAUGAUGAGUGCUGGAGAGCUUGAGAGUGGAAACGCAGGAGAGCCAGCCAAGCUGAUCCGUCAAAGGUACCGUGAGGCAGCAGACAUGAUCAAAAAGGGAAAAAUGUGUUGUCUAUUCAUCAACGAUCUCGACGCUGGUGCUGGUCGUAUGGGUGGUACUACUCAGUACACAGUCAACAACCAGAUGGUUAACGCAACCCUCAUGAACAUUGCUGAUAACCCAACCAACGUCCAGCUCCCGGGAAUGUACAACAAGGAAGAAAACGCACGUGUCCCUAUCAUCGUCACCGGUAACGAUUUCUCCACUCUCUACGCACCUCUCAUCCGUGACGGGCGUAUGGAGAAAUUCUACUGGGCACCCACACGUGAGGACCGUAUUGGUGUCUGCAAGGGUAUCUUCAGGACUGAUAACGUUAAGGAUGAAGACAUUGUCACGCUUGUUGACCAGUUCCCUGGACAAUCUAUCGAUUUCUUUGGUGCGUUGAGGGCGAGAGUGUACGAUGAUGAAGUGAGGAAGUUCGUUGAGGGACUUGGAGUGGAGAAGAUAGGAAAGAGGCUGGUGAACUCGAGGGAAGGUCCUCCAGUGUUCGAGCAACCAGCGAUGACUCUUGAGAAGCUUAUGGAGUAUGGAAACAUGCUUGUGAUGGAGCAAGAGAACGUCAAGAGAGUCCAACUUGCUGACCAAUACCUUAACGAGGCUGCCUUGGGAGACGCGAACGCGGACGCCAUCGGCCGCGGAACUUUCUAUGGUUAGAACUCGAGGGAAAGCAGCACAGCAAGUGAACAUUCCUGUUCCAGAAGGGUGCACUGAUCCUCAAGCCGACAACUUUGAUCCAACAGCUAGAAGUGAUGAUGGAACUUGUGUCUACAACUUUUGAGUUUCCUCUUUGUUAAGUUGCUGUGUUUCUACUACUGUCUCUUUUUUUGUUGCCUUUUGUGUAAUUGUGGAUUGGUUCAUGUGCUCUUUUUUUCUGUGAUCAUGUGCAAACAUAAUAUUGUAAGAUUGCCUUGUCAUAAACCAUUUCUCAACUUUUUGUUUGCUUUA